GCGGACACCAUGCUCAGACACUUGUCAGACAGCAGUGUAUUUGUAGACGGACCCACAGAGCAGUGCUGUGUAGGAAGCGUGUCUCGCAGGGGCAGCGAUCGAGUUGUUCCGCUCGGACUCGCCCACUGUGCCACUGACGCCGAAGGGUCUGAAACUGCCCCGAGCGAGCCUGUUAGCAUCUCACACAUAUGUAGUAGGUGGUGGGGGUCAAAGCGGUUAGAUUACGUGCUAUACUGUCCAGAUGUGCUCACCACCUUUCCCACUAUUGCACUGCCUCACCUGUUCCACACUUCAUACUGGGAGUCCACAGAUGCUGUGGCUUUUAUUCUUAGACAGGUAAUGCGGUGUGACUGUCUGAAGGCUGGGGAAGCUGAUUGUUCGGAUGCUAUUCCCAUCUCUCCUUCCAGCCCCCGUGAGAAGUGGCUUCGCAGGCGGACGCAUGUCAAACUACGGAAUGUAACGGCAAAUCACAGAGUUCAUGAUGUCAUCGUGACUGAGGAUGGUCCGCAGAUGCUGGUGGGGCGAUUUAUGUAUGGCCCUCUUGACAUGGUGACCCUAACGGGAGAGAAGGUGGAUGUGUUUUUAAAGACCCAGCCUGCCUCUGGCCGUUGGGUGCUGUUUGACACUGUGGUGACCAGCAGCAGCGGACGCGUUUCCUACACCAUCCCUAACAAUAAAAGACUUGGGGUGGGUGUUUACCCUAUCAAAAUGGUGGUCAAAGGUGAUCAGACGAGCGCAGAAGCGUUCCUCACAGUGUUGCCACGGGGAAUGGAGUGUGUAGUGUUUAGUAUUGAUGGCUCCUUUGCUGCCAGUGUCUCCCUUAUGGGCAGUGAUCCCAAAGUCCGCCCUGGAGCUGUGGAUGUGGUCAGACAUUGGCAGGAUCUUGGGUAUCUGAUCAUCUACAUUACUGGCCGUCCUGACAUGCAGAAGCAGAGGGUGGUUUCCUGGCUCUCUCAGCACAACUUCCCUCAGGGCAUGGUCUUUUUCUCAGAAGGACUCGUCCAUGACCCCUUACGUCAGAAAACCAUUUUUCUAAAGAGUCUUGUGAAAGAGUGUCACAUUAAGAUCAGUGCAGCGUAUGGCUCUAUGAAGGACAUGUCUGUGUACAGCACAUUGGGACUUGCACCUAAUCAGAUAUAUAUUGUGGGCAGGCCAUCCAAGAAACAUCAGCACCAAUGCCAGUUUUUGAGUGAAGGCUACGCAGCCCACCUCUCCACACUUGAAUUUGAGCAUGGCUCACGCUCCAAAAAGAACCGCAUGGUGCUUCGUCAGGGAUCUUUUGGCCUUUCAUCCAAAACAGACUUCCUGUCUCCAUCCACGGACUUCCUGUCCUGCAAGCGCACUCCACUGCUGCGUCGAGCCAUGUCUGUUCAGCAGCCGUCUCCACCCUCAUCAUCUGUCUCCACCCCCAAACCUGAGCGUGCUCAGAGCCAGCCUGAAUCUCAUAAAGAUGGACCAGAGAUUCGUAUCCAGACCGAUGAUCAAGAGGAACAGGAGGAAGAAGAAGGGAGACUACAGGAUGUUGUACUAUAAAGGAACUCCAUGAGUAGUGUGGAAAAGUUCAUGCAGACAAAUUUAAUCAUCAAACACAUCAAGAUCUCAUCUCAAACCAAACUGCUCAAUUAUAGAUGAGCUCCAUGGCAGACAAGAACGGCUUUGUGAGUGAGCUGUGAGGAAAUUCUCUCCAAAACAACAAUCCCACAGUACUGAGACAAGCAACAAUAAAACGUAUGCUGUUAGAAACAGCCCUAGAACAGAUGUGAAGAUUGGACACUGAACACUUUAACAACCCCCAUGUGAUUCUUACAGAAGACUGAAAGAAAGAGGAACAUGGAGGUGUCAUAAUUGAGACAAGGACAGAAGUAUGACAGAGAGUAGCUAUAGAAAGUAUUGUCAGGGUCACCUUUUAUUGAGUUUUCUGCUUUGCCGGGAGACUUGUUUCAUGUGUGGUGAAUAUUUUCUGCAGACUCCUGUAAUGGUCUUUGUGAAGGUAACCAUGCACAUGAACACCUGAACCGCAUCUAUUUAUAGCAGUCCUGCAACCUGAGGCAUUGUGUUCUUCAUGACUCUUUGGUGACCCACACAUUUCUCAGAAGCCCCUCUGUUUUCUUGUGUUUUAAUCAGCCAUAAAGUAAAAGGAGCUUAGAGGAAAAAUGGUCGUCUCCAGGAGAAUUCCAAAUGCCAGAUCCAUUUUAUACAGUUUUUUGGACUCCUGUCUGCAUGUUUUGCUGAACCCAGAUUCUUUUUGUCAAAAUGUUGCUUCAUACUCAUGCAUUAUGUAAAGACUAUAGUUCUAGUGUUCAUCUAGGGCACAGUAUGUUCUAAUAGAUCAUGUACUGACAGAGUCUUUAAAACGUCCUGCUGUGGUUUGAUAUCCGUGACUUUUUCAGAGAGAAUAAUGUUCUGUGAAUUUGGCUGUACUGCACAAAACUGUAUAUAAUUGUAUAAAUGUAUUUCAUAGACAGUGUUAUUGGAUGUUAUAAAAGUGUAUUUAUCUGUU